UCCCUAGGCCAGCAGGAGGGCUCGGCCCCGCGUCCGUGCGCGCGCCCGCGGCGGGGUUGCAGGGCUGGGCGCGCGCCCCGCGUCCCGGGCAGGAAGAUGGUGGCGAGCGCGCGGGUGCAGAAGCUGGUGCGGCGCUACAAGCUGGCGAUCGCCAUCGCGCUGGCCAUCCUGCUGCUGCAGGGCCUGGUAGUGUGGAGCUUCAGCGGCCUGGAGGAGGACGAGCCAAGCGAGAAAGGAAGGCAGAGGAAGCCACGACCACUGGACCCUGGCGAGGGCUCCAAGGAUACAGACAGCUCAGCGGGGCGGCGGGGCAGYGCGGGCAGAAGGCAUGGGCGCUGGCGGGGCCGUGCUGAGAGCCCAGGCUUGCCCGUGGCCAAGGUGGUACGGGCAGUAACCAGCAGGCACAGAGCCAGUCGCCGGGUCCCCCCUGCCCCACCCCCAGAGGCCCCAGGACGCCAGAACCUGAGUGGGGCAGCAGCUGGGGAGGCACUGGUAGGGGCUGCCGGCUUCCCACCACAUGGAGACACAGGGAGCGUGGAGGGUGCCCCCCAGCCCACAGACAACGGCUUUACCCCUAAGUGCGAGAUCGUGGGCAAGGAUGCGCUGUCGGCACUGGCCCGGGCCAGCACCAAGCAGUGCCAGCAGGAGAUCGCCAACGUGGUGUGCCUGCACCAGGCCGGGAGCCUUAUGCCCAAGGCUGUGCCGCGGCAUUGCCAGCUGGCUGGRAAGAUGAGUCCUGGCAUCCAGUGGGAAGAGAUUCGGGCCCAGCCCGUGGAUGGCCCCCCAGUACGCAUCGCCUACAUGUUGGUGGUUCAUGGCCGCGCCAUCCGCCAGCUGAAGCGUCUCCUCAAGGCUGUCUACCAUGAGCAGCACUUCUUUUAUAUCCAUGUGGACAAGCGUUCCAACUACCUGCACCGGGAGGUGGUGGAGCUGGCCCAGCGGUAUGAAAAUGUACGGGUGACACCCUGGCGCAUGGUCACCAUCUGGGGUGGGGCCAGCCUUCUGAGGAUGUACCUGCGGAGCAUGCGGGACCUGCUAGAGGUACCUGGUUGGGCCUGGGACUUCUUCAUCAACCUCAGCGCCACUGACUACCCAACCAGGACCAAUGAGGAGCUGGUAGCAUUCCUAUCCAAGAACCGGGACAAGAAUUUCCUCAAGUCACAUGGCCGGGACAACUCCAGGUUCAUCAAGAAACAGGGCCUGGACCGGCUCUUCCACGAGUGUGACUCGCACAUGUGGCGCCUGGGUGAGCGGCAGAUCCCUUCAGGCAUCGUGGUGGAUGGUGGCUCCGACUGGUUUGUGCUGACACGCAGCUUCGUGGAGUAUGUGGUGUACACGGAUGACCCACUUGUGGCCCAGCUACGCCAGUUCUACACAUACACGCUGCUCCCAGCUGAGUCCUUCUUCCACACGGUGCUGGAGAACAGCCCAGCCUGUGARAGCCUCGUGGACAACAACCUGCGGGUCACCAACUGGAACCGCAAGCUGGGCUGCAAGUGCCAGUACAAGCACAUCGUGGACUGGUGCGGCUGCUCCCCCAACGACUUCAAGCCACAGGACUUCCUACGGCUGCAGCAAGUCUCCAGACCCACUUUCUUCGCCCGGAAGUUUGAGUCGACUGUGAACCAGGAGGUCCUGGAAAUCUUGGACUUCCACCUAUAUGGCAGCUACCCCGCUGGCACGCCAGCCCUCAAAGCCUACUGGGAGAACACCUAUGACGUGGCCGAUGGCCCUGGCGGACUCAGCGAUGUCAUGCUCACCGCUUACACCGCCUUCACCCGCCUCAGCCUGCGCCAUGCUGCCACUGCCGCACCUCCACAGGCCACCUCACUGUGCAGGUUUGAGCCCAGGGGUUUGCCGUCCAGCGUGCACCUGUAUUUCUAUGACGACCAUUUCCAGGGCUACCUGGUGACGCAGACGGUGCAGCCCUCAGUCCAAGGGCCAGCAGAGACGCUUGAGAUGUGGCUGAUGCCCCAGGGGUCGCUGAAGCUGUUGGGGCGCAGUGACCAGGCCAGCCGGCUCCAGAGUUUGGAGGUUGGCACUGAAUGGGACCCCAAAGAGCGUCUUUUCCGGAAUUUUGGGGGGUUGCUGGGACCACUGGAUGAGCCUGUGGCCAUGCAGCGCUGGGCCCGGGGCCCCAAUCUCACAGCCACUGUGGUCUGGAUUGACCCAACCUACGUAGUGGCCACAUCAUAUGACAUCACGGUAGAUGCGGAGACUGAGGUCACACAGUACAAGCCUCCACUGAGCCGGCCCCUGCGGCCAGGAGCCUGGACCGUUCGACUGCUUCAGUUCUGGGAACCUCUGGGUGAGACCCACUUCCUCGUGCUGCCCUUGACCUUCAACCGCAAACUACCUCUCAGGAAAGAUGAUGCCCUCUGGCUGCACGCGGGACCACCCCACAAUGAAUACUUGGAACAGAGUUUCCAGGGCCUGAGCGGCAUCCUGAACCUGCCUCAGCCAGAGCCUGUGGAGGAGGCCGCCCGGCGGCGCGCAGAGCUUACAGGGCCUGCUCUGGAGGCCUGGACAGAUGGGGAACUGAGCCGCUUCUGGUCUGUGGCAGGACUGUGUGCCAUGGGCCCCUCUGCCUGCCCCUCCCUGGAUCUCUGCAGACUGACCAGCUGGAGCUCUCUGUCCCCAGACCCCAAAUCAGAGCUGGGGCCUGUCAAAUCAGACGGGCGACUCAGGUAGCAGGGCCCCAGCCAGCACACCCGGAGAACCCGGGAAUUGCACCUUACAGACAAUGGAGGGCUAUCCCCUCCCACAGGCAGGAACCAGAGGCCCCCCGGGGGUACACCACAUCAGCCAUCCAGAGCCCGCACAGACGGCAGCCACGGUGGGCUAAUGUCUCUGCUAGGGACCAGAGGGUUGACAGGAAUGGAGAAGGGCUCCAGCAGCAUUCCGAACCCAACUCUUCCUCCCCCUCCUCUCUAGUUUGUUUGUUAUUUUUAUUUAAAAUGGGUGUGUGUGGGGGAGGAACUAGAAAUAAAAGAUGUGCAAUAGGGCUCAGAGCAGCCCCAGGAAGUGGGCCAUGGCUGGGGGGAGCGGGCCCUUUUGAGCCCAUCUGCUACUGCUCUGGAGAGGCUGGGUCUGCUUCGCUCUCCAGGGCUGGGUCCCCCAGCCUGGGCUGUGGUGCUCAUGGCUGAGGCCCUGCAAGGGUACAGGUACCCUGCCAGCUCUGAGGCCCAGAGAACAGGUGUUCAGGAGCCACCGUGGAGCUGGGCUCUAGAGGGACAGCCUCUCCCCUGGUAGCCAGGGGACCCUAGAGCAGUGAGGGAGUCUGGCUCUAGGACUUUCUAGCACACCCUGCCCCUUGAUGGGAAAGGCAGGGCAUCAGGGCCUACUGAGACCAUUACAGUUUCCCAGGUACUCCCAGGUGUGCCCUGGGGCARUGAGCCUCAUUAGCAGUGUGGGAAGCCUGUCAGGGGCUCAGAAGAACCCAGAGUCGCAUUGUGCCUGAAGCUCGGUGUGAAGUCUGAAAUAUGCAACAGAAGAAAUAUAUCUCUAUCUCUCUAA